AUGAAGCCUGCGCCCCCAGCUGCCCUGGUCCUCAGCCUGGUCUUCGCCUCCUUCCAAUCGGCUUGCUUGGCAGAAACAAGCAGUGGCAACAACUCAACCUUGACCAACAACCACCACCCAGAUCCUGAGGCUCUGGAACCGUGCCACAAUGUGGACUUCUGCCCACAAGCAUCCCGGUGCUGUCACGCUGGAGUGGAUGAGUACGGCUGGGUCGCGGCCGCUGUCGGCUGGAGCCUCUGGUUUCUCACCCUCAUCCUGCUCUGUGUGGAGAAACUGAUGAAGUUAACCCCAGAUGAGCCCAAGGACUUGCAAGCAUGA